AAAUCAUUUUAUCUGUAAUUUUCCAGUCAAGUUUUGGUUAUUUUUGUCUAAAUUUUGUAUAAGUUUUGGCCGUCACCUGGCAUUAUUGACAUUAUUGGCAUUAAAAAAGAAUGGCCAUGGAACUAUUGCUGCGGCAAAACCUUCCAAAGGUUGAACAGCUUACGAGCUUCGAUCUGAAAUACUUCUUUAUAAUCUACGCCAUCGUCGUCCUGAUGAUCCUGGGUGUUCCGCUGGCUUUCCUACUUCAAAACAAGGGCUCGGCAAGCGAGAGGGAUCGGUUUCAAUUGGAAGCCAAUCGAUCGCGCCAGGAUCCACCGAGGGCACAAGCCCGGCGGCGAAUUCUGGAUUCGAGUGCCUAAUAAGCUUUUAAUAUUGAUGUUGGUAUUCAUGGAAAUACAUUGAAUGCGGCGCAGCA